GAGUUUCACUGUAAGAAAGUGAAAUUAUGAUUAAAAUGUUGAUAUGCAAGUAUAAAACCUUGAAUUAAAGAAAUMAGCUAAUGAAAGGAAAGCUGGACGAGGAAAGAUAUCUUGUAYAAAAAACGACACAUUUUGAAGAACAUUUUAUCAAGAAAAUCUUUCCAUAUUUGUUUGUUUCUAUAAAUAGCUCUGUCUCAUAGCMUUUAUUGUCCCCCAGUGAUAUGAAAAUUAUUGGAUAACAGCCAACUUAAUCAGCCUUAACCAAUAACGCGCAAAGAAGUUGAAACUAGAUUAGUAGUAGUGACAAACUUUGCACAUWUUGCAAUUGUCAUUUGGUUAUGAAUUUAAAAGACUGAUCUUAUACAAACUUUCUUGUGACUGCGUCAGUAUAGUCGUCCAGGAAGACAUUGAAGAAAGAAUUGUAAAGAACUGACGUCAAACCAAAACACUGCCAGUGUGUGAAAAGAACUACGUAAGAACACCAAUUAGUUCAUCAUAUAGACUGGCUGGCGGACGUCAUUUGUUUUGUCUACAAUAAAAAAAGACAAAAGUCACACAAAGUAUGUGUACUUCUCGCUUGAAAGACCUAACAAGUGCCAGCUACUGAAUUAUUUCACAUCUCUGGUCACCUCUUUACGGCGCUCAUAAACUUGAAAUUGAACUGAACCUAAAGAUGAACUGAUUUCUAUACAAAAGAUAAGAUAUACGAUCAGUUUUYGUAGGAUAACGAGACUUUCAGUUUUCUGGUACCAGCCGUCAAGACAAGCUGUCACAAGUGAAUGCAAGAUUGUACUUUCUACGCUGGAGGCAUCAAUGAACGUCAUUGGCAGUUGGAAGGUUUGGAGACAAUUGUUGUGAAUUAUUGAACACUGCAACAGUUUAAUUUCAGAAGAAUCUAUCACAAAAAGUAUCUCGUGCAUGUGUUGCUUCCUGGUAAAGCUUCUCUGUUCCAGUAAACAUCAAGACAUACAACAGACUUUCAUGUUUCUUUAUAACCAUACCCAUAGUAAGGUUGAUACAAUGCCAGGAAUYAACUUUGCAUGACUUUGAUGGACUGUUAAGGAAAGAUUGUUCUUUUUCGAGGCCGCUUCUACUACAUAAUUACGCCUUGAACUGAGUGCUGUAUCUGGACAUACUGUUUCCCUUGAAGAUUAUGGGAUGUAAAACCUYCUCUUUUCCAGUUCAUCAUUAUUUCCAGUAAGCCAAAUAAUUACUACAGGAAUCAAUUGUGUACUGGCGAAACAUACAGCUCACCAUCAAACUGUUCAUUUAAAACCGAAAAUUAAGUGCUAAGUGUGUUGGAAAGUUGUUGGAAAGAAACWGCUUGUUUGGCAUUGAAACUGGCCUAAUUUGUGCAUUAUCUCGGGCAAUAUUGCCCGUUAAACGUGUCAAAUAAGGGACGAGCACGAUCAUUAAACACAUGAGAGACAAUCGAUAUACAGGUGGAAAAGAUGUCAUUUAUGUGCUAAUUUGUUGACUGUGAAGGUAACUUAACACUUGGCUUGUGUAUCUGGAAUCAUCCAACAGCUCAGCUUGCCUAUAAAGAGUUUUGUCRUAGAGUUUUGAGAUCAUAAGCACCCUUGACUGUAGAGAAUUGUCAUGUCUUCAUCGGGCAGCGACAAGGAAUCAGUGAAUGAAGUUCAGAGUCAGUUACAAGGAGUACUAGUUUCUGUCAAGAUACACGACACAGAGAAAGCGUCAAACKWGAAGCGAGUUCGCUUUAACAGUCUUGUAGAAGUGCGGUUUAUACCUAAAGUAAAAGCCAAGAAAGAGAAGARCAARGAGGACAAAGACAAGAGAAAAACCGAGGAGAAAGGAAACAGUGAUUUAGCAGCAGAAGGAAAAGAAAACGUUGCUAUUGGAAACGAAGAUGAAACUCACAACGAUACAAAAAAUGACUCUUCAUCGGAUAAAAAGAAACUAAAAGAAAAAACAACAGUGAAAACAACUUCUGACAACACAGAAACAGGAAAAAAUUCUCCUGUUAAAGAGGGUUUUUAUCUUCCUAAAGUUACMAUCGGACAAGAAUACGAUGGUGAUGUUACAMGAACAACUAAAGUAACUACCAAACCUCAGGCUCGAAACGCUAUUAGAUUGCUGAAACGAGUCAGUAAAGAGUCGAGAAUACACGACUUAAAUGCUAAAGCUGUGGUCCAUCUUGAAAGACAAGCGUCUGAGUAUUACAAGGAAGCAGACAGAUUGUUUGAAGAGACARUAUAUUCACAUGAUAAAAAGGAAGGAAGWUCAAGUCCACAAAGGUGCGAAAACGUAAGUGAAAUAAACAGAACCUCWCCACAGAAUUUUGUGAAUGCUGCUUUGCAACGGAGUAAAAGUGUCCCGGAAAUCCACCGACGAUUGAGUUACCCCGAGAUGCAACAACAAGGACAUAACAACGAUGGCUCACAUAAGAAACUUUCWACRUCACUGCCUUAUAUCAACAUGAUUCCUACAUUAACAGGMAAAAUCCCAGAAACAAACCAAAAAGAUUCAUAUACAAAGCUUUAUCUACCUCAACUACAGAGAAAAGCUGAAGAAAUCAAGCGAUUGAACGAUACUGUUUUACGUAAAAAGCCGAAGUAUAGCACCGACAGGUCUCCGACUUCGCCGAACGACCCGACUUCGCCCGAGUUCAGUGGCGAUAAGACUACGGAAAAAAUGGCWAGUCCUCCGGCCAGUUCUCAUUCAAUUGUACGAUAUUCUCAUGGACUUGACAUAGCUAGACUACUAAACGUUACAAAUUCUGCACAACUAUUUUAUUAAUACGUCUACUUGUGUACUAUAUAGAAUGAUGUUCGCGCGUGUGUCGAAUAAGAUUACUCGUGGACUAUAUGCAAUAAUGUUAGUGCGCAAAUGUGCCAAAUAAGAUUACUCGUGGACUAUAUGCAAUAAUGUUAGUGCGCAAAUGUGCGAACAGAUUAAUAUCGCUACUCGUGGAGUUUUCUAAAGUAUGUGCAUGCAAUAUGUUAUGUAAUACGAAUAAAUAAUAAACAAAUUUGAAUUAUACAUGUAUAAAAAGUCAAGGCAAAUCAUUGUUUUAUUAAAUAAAGAUAUCAUUCUUAAAAUGUCGGUGUCUUUCUAUGACGGGCUUCCUGUGCUUAUUACAUGGUGCCAUUUUAUUUUCCUACAAUAGUCCCCUUAUCUUCUCAAGUUGACACAGGGAACCCAGUUUGUCUAUUUUACUGCACAAGAGGCUGAUUACCCUCUUUUUUUCAUUAACGUCGAACACUGCGUCUCUCCCAACUAUGCGUACCUUGCUAAGUAUCGAUGGCAAAUUUUUGCUUUGUCAUUGUAACUAUUACCUACCAUCAAUAUCUGUUGUUAAAGAMCUGUUGCACUUUGACGUCAUAGUUACGUCAUAUCGCCAUGAUCACAGCGGUUCAAACAGUGCAUCAGUGAGCCGCCAUAUAGCAUGAGUGAAGCCAAGUGUUUCGUUGAAUAAACUGGAUCGUUCUAAUGGUUUGUUGGUGAAAUAACU